AUGGAAUUUGUAUUGACAAAUGUUUUGAAUCUUGCUGACUUUACUAACUCUACAACAGCAAACAACCGUCGCCGCUACCAAGUCACUACGUCAAGAACACCUCCAGCACUUCCGCCUGGUCCACCCCCUACUCCGCCACUGGCCCCACCUCCAGCACCUCCGCCAAGGCCUCCUCCAGCCCCUCAUCCCACGCCUCCACCUGCUCCACCUACGGCACCACCAACAGCCCCUCCUCCUACUCUCUCCCCUGCUGGAGAUUUACUGUUUCGAUCAAUGGCGUCGACGGCUUCAUCUUCCGGCGCCAGGCUAUCUGCCUCCGGCUCGCCUCACCGAUCGCCGCCUUUCAAUCAUGAUUCUCCACCGCAGAGGCAGUCGCUUGACUCUCCCUUGCGCGGCGCAGCCAACUCGGUUGCUGCAUCAUCUCCGUCUUGUCAUGUAGCGAUGCGCGGUGGCGAAGACUCAGCGGCGUCUCCGAUGCAACAUGGAGAUGGCGCAGAUGAAUUAACUACGCCGCUACUGAAUCAGUCUCCGGUCCGUGGCAAUGGAACCGGAAAGCUAGAAUCUUGUGUGAAAUCCCCCUCCCCGGUGCGAUCUAGCCUCACUACCAGAUCGGCCAGAGGGGAAGGGGCAGGGUGA